AGAGAUGCCAGACGGACGCGGGGCGGCCGCAGUGAGAACACAGAGCCGCCUGCAGGGCCUCGGCCCGGGCUCUUAGCCGAGGGUCCCCGACUUUUCCACCGGAGGCAGCCCUACCGCGCCCCGCAGCCCAGCGCCUGCGGCCGAGGGAGAAGUGUUCCAGGAGCGGCAGCGCCUUUCCGCCUCGCUCCCCCCGCCCUGGUCCCCGCUCCCGUCUGGGCGCCGGCCGGUGGGGCGCGCGCAGCCCCCCUGCGAGCGGGCGCGGGGCGCGGGCCUCCCGCGGCGGCACAUGCCGCAGGCGCCCCGCCAGCCCCCCAGGCGCCCCGCCAGCUCGCCCACCGCCCCGGAGCCGCGCCGCGGCUGAGCGGGAGGACCCGCGCGCUCCGCUCCGCACCGGGAUGGCCCCGCUCCUGCUCUGGCUGGUGUCCUGCUGUGUCGGAGCCUCGGGGGCUUACACUGAGAUCAAGAAAGUGGCCGAGGAACAGGUCACUCUGCCCUGUCACCAUCAGCUGGGGCUUCAAGAAAAAGGCGCCCUAGACAUCGAGUGGCUGCUCACGGACAGCACAGGGAGCCAGAAGGCGGUCAUCACUUACUCCGGCCAUCAUGUCUACGAUAACCUGACUGAGGAACAGAAGGGCCGAGUGGCCUUUGCUUCCAAUUUCCUGGCAGGAGAUGCUUCCCUGCAGAUCGAGUCUCUGAAGCCCGGAGAUGAGGGCCUGUACACGUGCAAGGUGAAGAAUUCGGGCCACUACGUGUGGAGCCACGUCGUCUUAAAAGUCCUAGUGAGACCCUCGAAGCCCAAGUGUGAGCUGGAAGGGGAGCCGAGAGAAGGCAGGGACCUGGCCUUGCAGUGCGCGUCGUCCUCUGGCACUGAGCCCAUCGUGUAUCACUGGCAGCGAGUCCGGGAGAAGGAGGGGGAGGAGGAGCGUCUGCCUCCCAAAUCCAGGAUCGACCACAGCAACCCGGGCCGCGUGCUGCUGCAGAACGUCACGGCGGCCUCCUCCGGACUCUACCAGUGCACAGCGGGCAACGAGGCCGGGAAGGAGAGCUGCGUGGUGCGAGUCACGGUGCAGUAUGUGCAGAGCAUCGGCAUGGUGGCGGGAGCAGUGACAGGCAUGGUGGCCGGGGUCCUGUUGAUCCUCCUCUUGGUGUGGCUGCUAGUCCGAAGGAAAGACAAAAAGAGAUACGAGGAAGAAGAGAGACCUAAUGAAAUCCGAGAGGAUGCCGAGGCCCCGAAAGCCCGCCUGGUGAAGCCCGGUUCUUCCUCUUCUGGCUCUCAGAGCUCGCGCUCCGGUUCCUCCUGCACGCGCUCCACCGCCAACAGCGCCGCCCGCAGCCAGCGGACACUGUCCCCAGAGGCGGCGCCGCCGCCCCCGCCGGGGCUGGCCACCCGCACCUACAGACUAGUGGGGCCAGAGGCCAGAGGCUGUGAACCGAAGAGAGUGCACCCUGCUCCCCUGGCCAAAGCAGAGAGCCCGGCCAGCAGGAUCCCCAGCCGGAGCCGGCCCCUCCAAACUGUCUAAAUCCCCGGGACUCUGACGCCCAGGCUUUCCCGGGAGUCAGGAUCUUAGGACUUUUCUAGUCACUAGCUCAGCCACCAGCCACACAGUCCCCUCGAUUCGUAGGAGAGGUCACUCUAGCGGGGAGCGUGGCAUGGAGCAGGUUCAAUGGGCAUUCUCCUUAAAUGACACCAAACAAGGGGAGGGAUGUCAGCUGACCGCGUCCCGCAAGGCUUCCGACAGGAGUGGGGGGAGCGGGUCUAGAUCCGGGCAUCUGUGGACCAGACUGUGGUGAGAAAGGCUGAGAAAGGGGGAGGGAACCCUUGUAAAACUUCUCCCCUGAGAUGUUUUGUAUCAAUACUUCAGUUCACGAUUGUCAAGAAGGGAGGUGUUGUUCAUACAUUUUUUCUGCCUUUCUGCAAACCUACUGAAUUAUGUGAUUAUCCAGAGUCAAGCAGAACCCACAGCCUUAUACUACACCUUUCUGCACCAGGGACUGGGAUUGCCGCUUCUGAGAAACUCCAAACAGGAAAUGCCUCUUCUAUUCUGUCUUGAUCUCAUUUACCAUAAGGUUUGGAUAUGAAUUUCAAGAGGAACUGAAAUAAUGGGAGAUGGAGAUGAAUUGAGUUUCUCCUACUCUAUCCAGCACUAAUUUUCUUCUACUCACAUUGGACCAUUAGAGCACUAAAAAAGGAGUCCAAAAUGUGUGACAAGGGCCUAUGAGAAACCUUUCAUCUUGCUGUUCAGAGGGUCACUGACAAGUAUCAGAACUGUAUGCUGAACAAUUGUGGGUUUUCCCUCAAAUCAGAUGUCUCCAUACUGCCCUGCUGGAACUCUCUGGAGCAAGAAAGCAUUCACUGUGUCAUUUCACAAGGUCCUUAGAAGUCUUCCAGGGAAAGAGACCUCUUAGAGAUGCUGAAAGACCAUGAUGUACCAUUAUAGUCUUUCUGAGAACACACAAAACCAGCAUUUCCAGACUGACUGGGUCAGAGAGGGAGAUUAAGUCACUUUUUCUGAUGCCACAGAAUGGCAUAAGGAAGCUCAGCACUGCACCAAACUCGGAGCUUUCUCUAUUUGUUUCCUCUUAAGAAAAGGAUGUGAACCUGGGACUUCUGACGAUUCUAGGCUCUAGGUUAUCAGAAAGAUCAGGGAUUGCCAACAUUUCCUACUGGCACUGCAGGUAUGUCAAAGUCAUUCCUGCCUGAGACGUUGGGACAGAGCGAAGUUCAGUGUUUUACCAGCUGAGUCUGUAAGUCUAGCUCUGGGCUACAAGGAAAUGGAAUCAAUUUGAGGAAGAGAUGGUAAGGCUCUCUAGUGAGCAGCAGGAGAGGUGGGGUUAAUGCCUGUUAACACUCGGUCGGUAUCUUGGAAAGAAUAAGCAAAAAUGAAUCACCAGGAUAGCUCUCAGAAGAGCUGAUCCAUGGGAGAAGAAAGGUCUGAAAAGUUAAAAACAAACAACAAAACCAAACAGCAGCCUCCAAUAAAAGAACUUGCCCUUUUAAUAGUUUUGACUAUCCUACUACUCAAAUUCAUCCGAUGCAAGAAUUCGAAACCUGAAAUAGCCCUUCGAGGACCCUAGUGCAAAUGUCAACAGAUCACUAGCAAAGCAAAAGAUUUAUUGUUGAAAGGGCAGCAGAGGCGAUAGAAAAGAAAAAGCAACGCUGAAGAUGGUGAUGAAGCAUUGCUUCUAAGUCAGAUACUGAAAGGGAGAAGGCUGCUCUGGAACUGGGCCCCAUUUCUCUGGUUUUUCAUUUCUACAUUUAAUUCUUACAACAGUGUCUUCACAUUGUGCAAAUGCAUUUCUUCUAAAGCCCUUUAAAGAGAUAGGGGUUUAGCCCAGCCGGCAUGGCUCAGUGGUUGAGCAUUGACCUAUGAGCCAGGAGGUCACGGUUCAAUUCCCGGUCAGGGCACAGGCCCAGGUUGUGGGCCUGAUCCCCAUUGUGGGGUGUGCAGGAGGCAGCGGAUCAGUGAUUCUCUCUCCUCCCCUUCUCCCUUCCUUCCUGAAAUCAAUAAAAAUAUAUUAAAAAAAAAAAAA